CAAUCUAUAUUUCUAUAUAUAUAGAAAAGCGAAUACACGAUGUCAGGCCUGGAUUUCGGUUCAUCCCUUGACUCAUUUUCUGGUGGUUCAAAGCCACAAAAUAACAAUGCAAUGGUGAUGGAGACAGUCAAACAACAGAUUGCUGUUGCUAAUGCUCAAGAAUUACUUUCUAAAAUGUCGGAUAAAUGUUUCAAGAAAUGUGUGUAUAAACCAGGAACAAGCUUAGACAGCUCUGAGCAGAAAUGCGUGGCAAUGUGUAUGGAUCGUUAUAUGGAAGCCUGGAACCUUGUUUCACAAACGUAUACAAAUCGAUUAAAUCAAGAACAUUCCCGGGGAGGAGGUGGCGGAAUGAUGUAAUGUCUAUUUAAAUACGUUUUAUUUUCACAACUAUUAUAGGCAGAUCGAAUCUUCACAGAUAAUAUAACUCAAGGAGAUGUGGACAGCUCAAGUGUUUAACGUAUUUUUAAAAUGAUUCGAUUUAAAAAAACCGUAAAUCCUCGAUUGAGCGCCGACUCUCAAAUAAGCGCACAUCCUUUUUGCAAUUGUUUUAUAAGCGCCUCUUUUGAGAAAGCACCCAGGGGGCGGUUAUUUGAAUAUUUUGUUGGACCCAAAGGGGGUGUUUUUUCAAGUAUUUUUGAAGUCAGAAAAACGAUCUUUUACUCAAAAAUAGCUUUGUUCCUAAUUUCAUGUACAACAUAAAAUUUCAUUUCAAAUUUUUGUGUCUAUCUUUUCGUUUAAGCAGUGCGUUAUUAUUUCGUUGACGUAGACAAAAUUUAUCCAUAAAAAUUUACGCCCAGGGAGAUAUUAUUUACACCUGCUACACAUCUUGUGUUUUUAUAUUUUAUUUUUUAUAAGCGCCCCUCUCGAUUUACCGCCCCUUUUAAAUAAACGCCCACUCAAAUAAGCGCCCAAGGUACUUUAUGGAGCAUUUACGGUACACUAUUUUUAUAAAUACGUAGGUGUAUUAUUUUAAAUUCGCAUUAAAAUCUUAGCGUAGUUGAA